AUGGGCGACCACACCAGCGUCAAAUUCUCCAACCUCGCCGCCAUCAUCCAAGAGUUUAACGUGGACGGCCAAAACAUCGUGCAGGGCUUCACAAAGAAGGAAUACUAUGAGAAAUACAACGCCCCCUGGUUCGGCGCGACUAUAGGCCGCGUUGCUAACCGCAUCAAGAACGGCAUCAUUGGCGACCUUAAUGACCGCGAGUACAAGCUCGAGACGAACAAUGCGCCCAACGCUCUGCAUGGGGGUAGUCGUGGAUUCGGACGGCUGGAAUUCGAGGGGCCGACGAUUACCAAGCGCGACGGCAAGGAUUCUCUGCUUUAUACUUAUCUGAGUCCUGAUGGUGACCAAGGGUAUCCCGGCACCUUGGAGCUGAGGGUCUACUACGUCGUCAGCGAGGAGGUCGAAGACGGGAUUCCACGAUCAAUUCUCAACAUCGAGUACGAGGCUGAGUUGGUUGGAGAUGAGGUCGAAGAGACUGUCGUCAACAUUACCAACCACAGCUACUUCAAUCUCAGCGGCGGCCCCAGCGCCGCAGAAGGAACCACCGCUAAACUUGCUACAAGAGACUAUCUCCCACUAGAGACCGGUAUCCCGCUCGGCCCAGUCGAGCAGCACUCAGUUGACACGACGCUGCCCUUCGAGUUCGGUCCCAACAAGGCCGCCUUCGACGACUGCUUCGUCGUGGACCGCGACCUAAGCGCUGUGCAGAUUGACACGCGCAGCCGGCCGUUGAAGCUCCUCGCCGAGUUCCGACACCCAGACACCCGCAUGAACCUGCAGGUGCAUAGCACGGACCCAGCCUUCCAGUUCUAUUCAGGCGCCGGUAUCGACGUGCCUCAAGCUGACGGGGAUAACCCUGCGCGGGGUGCUUGGGCGGGGUUCUGUAUUGAACCCAGCCGGUACGUCAAUGCCGUUAACGAGCCUGAGUGGCGCCACACUGUUGUUUUGAAGAAGGGGGAGAAGUAUGGAAGCAAGAUUGUGUAUAAGGCGUGGAGGGGUUGA